AGCACGGGCGCCUGCUUCUUGCUCUUGCUCGUGCUCGUGCUGCUGCAGCUGGGCAGACGGGGUCGGCGCUGCGAGCAUCUCCUUCGUUUCCGAUCGGUUGCGUCGAUCCACGGACGGGGCGGGUGAUAGAUGGACGGCCUCCACACGGAGCUCGCGCUGGGGCUGCUCGGGUGCGGCAUCGGCGGCGACCAGGUGCAGACGGCGGCGUUCGUGGCCAAGACGUACCAGAUGGUGUGCGACCCGCGGACGGACGCGCUCGUGCGCUGGGGGAGGGACAACAACAGCUUCGUCGUCGCCGACCCCGCCGGCUUCUCGCGGCUGCUCCUCCCCUGCUUCUUCAAGCACAGCAACUUCUCCAGCUUCGUGCGCCAGCUCAAUACAUACGGGUUCCGGAAGGUGCACCCGGACCGGUGGGAGUUCGCGCACGAGUCCUUCCUGCGCGGCCAGACGCACCUGCUGCCGCGCAUCGUGCGCCGCAAGAAGCGCGGCGAGGGCGCCGCGUCGUCCUGCUCCGCCGGCGGCGGCACCGGCGGCGAGGAUCACCACCAGGAGGACCAGCAGGAUCAGGAGGAGCGGGAGGCGCUGCUCGAGGAGGUGCAGAGGCUGCGGCGGGAGCAGACGGCCAUCGGGGAGGAGCUGGCCCAGAUGAGCCGCCGCCUGCAGGCCACGGAGCGGCGGCCCGACCAGCUCAUGUCCUUCCUCGCCAGGCUCGCCGAGGACCCCGACGGCGUCACGCGCCACCUCGUCGAGCAGGCCGCCGAGAAGAAGCGCCGCCGCAUGCGGCUCUCCUCCCACCCCAUUUCCCCGAUCCCGCCCCCGCUCCCGCCGGCGCCGCCGCCAGUCCACCCGCUGCUGGGGCUCGGCGGCAAGGACUGCGACGGCUGGCAGUGGGCGGAGCAGAAGCCGCCGGCGAUAGUCCUCCCCUCCUUCGAGCCCGCCCCUAGCUACUGCGGGGUGCAGCACGUGCCAGAUUUCGGCGGCGGCAACGGCGGGAUCGUCGGCAUGGGCCUGACCGCUGACGACACGGCAGUGGAGACGCCCUUCCCGUUCUGCCUCCUCGGCCAGGGUUUCUUUUAACCUGCUGGUAAAUCAUGCACAGCACAUGCACGUUCUACCUCGGCCUCUGCUCACUCAUUUCUAGUUACUCCUGCUCCUUGUGCUCUGCAAAGUGCAAACCAUUCAUCUGCACAUCAACACAUCCCCAUCCGAUCAUCAUCGCAAACAAGCACAGAUCAUUACAGGCUGCUGUAUCUGUUGUAUGUAAUCGAAGAACCGAUCGGGAUCGAUGAGACGACGAUCAUGUUCAUUAGUAGUCAUUCUAGCAGUAGUUAGGCCUUGCAUUUUUUGGUUGGACAUGGUAGUGUAGUGGAGCUCUUCUUGUCCUCCAAGCUUGUAGGGUUUUCAAGGGAUUAAACUAAGCUUUUACUUUUGCUGCAAACUUC